AUGUGGAUAUCUGCUGAGAUACCAAGUCAAUUAUGUGAGCCAGAGUAUUACAAAGCCAUUGAAGAAUUCAUGAUGCAUGGUCCAUGUGGUUCAACUAGGAAAAAUUCACCUUGCAUGGUCAAUGGUGAGUGUUCAAAAUUAUUCUCCAAAAAAUUUGUGCAAAAUUCUAUUUUGGAUCAGGAUGGUUAUCCGAUUUACCAUAGGAGGGAUAAUGGUCGCACGAUCAAGAAAAAUGGAAUUAACCUAGAUAGUAGAUAUAUGGUUCCAUACAACAUAUACUUAUUAUUGAAGUAUAGGGCUCAUAUUAAUGUGGAAUGGUGUAAUCAAUCUAGAUCAAUCAAGUACCUAUUUAAGUAUGUCAACAAGGACAACGACCGUGUAACUGUAGAGUUUUACAAUAGCGCUCUUGAAGAAUCUACUGGAAAGGUGAUUGAUGAAAUCAAGAUGUAUUACGAUUGUAGGUAUACCUCACCUUGUGAGGCCGCUUGGAGGAUAUUUGCAUUUGAUAUGAUAUAG